AUGCGUGGACCACCACCUCAGUCUGACCCUUGGUCACCCACAGUUGAGAGCGUCUACAGGAGCCCAAAUCAUCCCAACUCAAUACAUCAACCACAACAUUCUCAAUCGCACCACAAUGUCGGAGUUACAGGCUCCAGUCAUUUGAUUCCUGGUACUGUGAAUGGUCACUCAGAACUACCAGCGUUUGGAGACUAUUUGCCACUACAUGAUCUCGCCUCGGUUGGUAUGACUGCACCAACAAACUCAACAACUACUCCUGCUACCACCCUUACACACUUUCAAUAUGGUGACAAUAUUCACACGCACCAUCCGUAUGACAGCAUGAGCAUCCACUUCUCGGCGCCACCACUACUGUUUGAGCCUGUCUUGGCCCCCAGCUCUGCUACACAACCCAUUCCACCUAAGCGAGCUUCAAUGCCUGAGCAGAACACUCAAAUACUUCCUGAUAACGGGUCAAAUCUGGAGAAUAUGAGACAUGAGCGUAAUUUGCUCUUUCAGAAAGCAGCUACGGAGCUUGAUCAAGUAAAAUGUGACACUGGUUCAUCCACUCAGUCUAGCAAGGCCUGGGAGGAUGCCUGGCAAACCCUGCAGGACCAUAUGACAAACAUGUGA